GGAAGGGUGCGCGGCGGCACCGGGCCGGCGGCUGCGGGAGGGCCGCCAUGGCGGUGGACAUCACCCUGCUCUUCAAAGCCAGCGUGAAGACGGUGAAGACCCGCAACAAGGCGCUGGGGGUGGCGGCGGGGGACAGCGCUAGGGACGAGCUGUUCAAGCGGGGCGCCGCCCGCUCCAAGAGCGACUUCACCAGCCGGGCCCGGGAAGUGAUUUCUCAUAUUGGAAAGCUGAAAGAUUUUCUUCUGCAACACAGAAAGGAUUACAUUAAUGCUUACAGCCAUAUCAUGUCUGAGUAUGUGAGGAUGACAGACACGGAGCGUGAUCAGAUAGACCAAGAUGCUCAGAUAUUUAUGAGGACGUGUGCCGACGCCAUUCAUCAGCUGAGAACGGAAGCACACAAGGGUGUCCAGUCUGCUCAGGUGAAGGAGCACAGAACAGCUGUCUUGGACUUCAUUGAAGAUUACUUAAAAAGAGUGUGUAAGCUGUAUUCUGAACAAAGAGCCAUCCGAGUGAAGCGAGUGAUAGAUAAGAAGAGACUGUCCAGACUUGAACCUGAGCAGAGCAACGUGUCCAAAUCGCCUCUUUCCCCUGAAAAAUCUUCACAGAAUCCUUUGGAUGAUUCUGAAGAAAAACUUUCUCCUGAGGAAAGCAAAGACAAGAAUCUGCCUGAUGCCCAGAGUAACCUUGGAUUGUGGGGGGAUGGCAAAGGGGAAGAUGAGCUGUCACCUGAAGAGAUACAAAUGUUUGAACAGGAGAACCAGAGACUUGUUGGUGAAAUGAAUAACCUCUUCGAUGAAGUCAGACAAAUCGAAGGAAAAGUGGUGGAAAUCUCCAGAUUGCAAGAGAUAUUCACUGAGAAAGUCCUGCAGCAGGAAACUGAUAUCGACAAUAUCCAUCAACUCGUUGUGGGUGCAACAGAGAACAUCAAAGAAGGGAACGAAGACAUACGAGAGGCCAUCAAAAACAACGCUGGAUUUAGAGUAUGGAUCUUAUUCUUCCUGGUCAUGUGUUCAUUCUCCUUGCUUUUCCUGGACUGGUAUGAUAAUUAAUUAAAAGUCUAAUCUCGCCUACAUGCUUGGUUUGUAGAUCUUUUGACAUCUGUUUCUAUGGAGCAGGGUAUAUGGCAACUGUGUGUUGUACCGCUGCGCUGGAAGCAUUUUCCAAUAAAUACAGGUGUCUG